UUAUGUGAAUUCCGGAGUACCUCUUGUGCACUUUUCCGCCUCUCACAACUCCGUCUCUUUUGUUCUUCGAAGCUGCUCUUCCAUUUUCAAUUUUUUCACCUUUGCUUCUUCUCCACUCUCGAUCUUCAUGCUCUCCCUGUUUUUUGAUCUCUCUGUUCUUUCCAAUUAGGGUUUCAAGCUUCAGCUAUCUCGCCAGCUAUUACUCGAAUCUCAAGCUGUUUUUUGGUUUCUUUUCCCCUUUUAUUUUUGAAUAAGACCUAGAUUUCUGCCCACUCUUUUAGGGUCUACAGAUCUACGCAGCUCCUGCCUCUACCUCUGCUGAAUCUCUCCUCUCUUUAAAGAUGUUUUGGAAGCUCACGGCUCUUUCUGCCUCCUCUCCUGUGGAGUCAAUACUAGACAAGGAAAAUUUCACAUUGGAAGAGCUUCUGGACGAGGAAGAAAUAAUCCAAGAAUGCAAAGCUUUAAACAGUCGUCUCAUCAAUUUUAUACGAGAUAGAGCCCACGUAGAGCAGUUAUUGCGGUAUAUUAUUGAAGAACCUCCUGAGGAUGCUGAAAGCAAACGCACCUUCAAGUUUCCCUUCAUUGCCUGUGAGAUAUUUACAUGUGAAAUUGAUGUAAUUCUUAAGACUUUAGCGGAGGAAGAGGAGUUAAUGAACUUACUCUUCUCUUUCUUGGAACCAAACCGACCUCAUAGUGCUUUGCUUGCUGGGUAUUUCAGCAAGGUGGUUGUUUGCCUUAUGGUACGCAAGACUGUCCCACUUAUGAAAUAUGUUCAAUCCCAUCAGGAUGUUUUCCGUCAACUGGUUGAUUUAAUUGGAAUAACAUCUAUCAUGGAGGUUUUGGUUCGGCUGGUGGGGGCCGAUGAUCAUGUGUAUCCCAAUUUCAUUGAUGUGAUGCAAUGGUUAGCUGAUAGCAAUUUGCUAGAAAUGAUUGUGGACAAAUUGAAUCCUUCUAGCCCUCCUGAAGUUCAUGCGAAUGCAGCAGAAACAUUAUGUGCAAUAUCUCGAAAUGCUCCCUCAGCUUUGGCGACUAAACUCUCUAGUCCAAGCUUUGUUUCAAGGAUAUUUGGACAUGCAUUGGAAGAUUCACAUUCAAAAUCUGGACUUGUUCACUCACUUUCUGUGUGUAUAUCUUUACUGGAUCCUAAAAGAUCUGCAACCUUUUCCCCCUUGCUGCAUUCUUUUCGAAGUCAACAAAUUUAUGAGUCCUCAAUCCCUGUAAAUCCAGAGACUAUUGAUGCAAUGCUGCCUAAACUUGGUGACUUACUUAUGCUAUUAAAUGUGUUGUCUGAUGAUAAAAUUUUACCUACAACAUAUGGAGAACUGAAGCCUCCUCUUGGGAAGCAUCGCUUAAAGAUUGUUGAGUUCAUUGCGGUGCUAUUAAGAACGGGGAAUGAAGCUACUGAGAAGGAAUUGGUCAGUUCAGGAACUAUUAAACGGAUCCUUGAUUUGUUCUUUGAGUACCCAUUCAAUAAUGCGUUGCAUCAUCAUGUGGAGAGUAUUAUAUUGUCAUGCUUCGAAACUAAGAGCGAUACUAUGGUUGAUCAUCUUCUUCGAGACUGUGAUUUCAUUGGAAAAAUCCUUCAAACUGAUAAAAACCCCAUUAUUUCUGGCGAUAUUAAUCAGCUAACUGUUCCUGCUGCUGGAAAGCGGGCACCACGGGCAGGAAACCUUGGUCACAUUACGCGAAUUUCUAAUAAACUUGUUCAGUUGGGAAACACCAACAGCCGCAUUCAGACAUAUCUACAGGAAAAUAGUGAAUGGAAUGAGUGGCAAGCCAGCAUUUUGCAAGAGCGUAAUGCAGUUGAAAAUGUUUACCGAUGGGCAUGCGGCCGCCCAACAGCAUUGCAAGAUAGGACAAGGGACAGUGAUGAGGAUGAUCUUCAUGACAGAGAUUAUGAUGUAGCAGCUCUAGCGAAUAACUUAAGCCAGGCUUUUAGAUACAAAAUGUAUGGAAAUGAGGAUAAUGAAGAGGACAAUGGCGGCCUUGAUCGAGAUGAUGAGGAUGUCUACUUUGAUGACGAGUCUGCUGAAGUUGUUAUAUCUUCUCUGAGGCUUGGUGAUGACCAAGGGAGUCUAUUCACAAAUUCCAACUGGUUUGCCUUCCAAGAUGACAGCGUUGGUAAUGCCCCUGUGAGUACAUCACCUAUGGAAAUGAUGGAUGAGAUAAGCUUGAAUGGAGCUGCUAAUGGUGGUAACAGCAAUAGUGAUGAUGAGGUGGUAGUUGGAGAAGAUGACGAGUUAACUGAGAGCAAAGACACUGUUAAUUUUACUUCCACUUCCAAAACAAACUUUGCCAAUGGAUUUUCUGGGAGUAUUCCCAUUCCUCAAAGUGAUAAGGCAACUACUCCCCAGGAUAUUGGAUUCUUCAGAUUUGAUACUCCAGACAAUGAAGACUUUUUUGGGGACAGGCCUUUCCCUGAAUGGGUAGGAUGGGGAGAAUCAUCAGAUUUGCAAGUAGGUGGGUCAAGUUUGAAUCCAUUUGAAGAUCAUGAUCUCUCUGAUGUCAAUCUUUCGGAUCAAGCUGAGGUAGCAACUCCUGAUGUUAAUUCCUCCUCAAGUGGAGAAUCCAUACUACCAAAUGGCUCAUCCUCGUCCAAGGAUUCUAGUGAUGGGUCAGUGGGCAGUGAUACAAGCCGUAAAUCUGCAACGGUGCCCUCUUUGUUUGAAGAGGAUGUUGAAUUUGUUGGUGUUGAAUUAGAGGGAACAGAGAAGGCAAUGGAACAGGCUCUCAAGGAGGGUAUAGUUGGUGAAGCAGGGCCUCUAAAGAGGAACAUGAUUCCGAAGGUUCUGGAAAAAGAGAAUUCUGAUGAUGAUGGAGCUGGGAUUAAGGAGUUCAAUGACGCAAACUAUUGGAGGGUUGAUCAAGAGGUUGCCGUUCUAGAGUGAUGGUGAGUCCAACCCAACCUGAAAAUUUGACUCGAAAAAUUUUUCAUUGGCAAGGCUUAAAGCAGCCGACUCAUGUACAGUGUAUUUUUUUUUUUUUUUUAGUUUCCAAAUGGGGAUUGGAUGGUAGGUUGUGUUAUGAUUUUAUUGUUAUUAGUUAUUAUUACUCUCAUUGUUGUUUAUUAUUCAAGGUUUUUGUUUCCUUCCUGUCACUGACUAGCGGGAUUUCCCUCAUCUAAUCUAUUAUUUAUACUUCAUUCUGGCAA